GUAAAAUGUACUGUGGUGUCUGUGUGGUUGUUUUCAGUAACAGUUUCUGUUUACCAGCAGGGUUGACUUAAACCCAACAGACAGUAUACUAUUUUAUGAAAGAUUCUGGUGAAAUGUACAGUGAACAAACAAGCUGAUAAGCAAGAUAACCAAAAAAACGUUGGUAUAACUGUGUUAUAAAAAUGUUAAACUGUGUUAUAAAAGUGUUAAACUGUGCUGUAGACUCUGACAGCUGCUGUGGGUGUGUGUACAUAACUGCCGCCUUUUUUUACAGACAGAUAUGCCACAUAAAGGGGUUGGUCUAAAACUUGAUAUGAUCAGUUCUGUUUUUCUAAAUGAUAUAUAAGAAGUUACCGUCCUCUGCCUCAUCGGAUGAGCUCCACUGAAGAAGAUCAUCAAAACAGUUCUUUCUUCUUUCAAAAAUGAGGAAUUUUAUCCUGGUUGCUUUGACAUUUCACCUUCUGGUGAUCACAGUAGUUAACAGUGAUUACACAUUUGGAGAUAUCAUUUCAUUUCCAAGGAAAUGUGCCAAAAUCAGCAAAGCUUACAAACACUUUGCUGUUUAUGUGGGUACAGACGAUUUAUUUGGCCAAGGAAAGGACAAGGACAUAUUUCACCGCAUACGUAAGCCCACUGAUGGUAAAUACUGUGUUUUCGGUUCUCUCAAGAAGGAGCCAAAACAUGCAAUAGAAAAUUAUCUGGAUAAAAAGUUUACACCAUCAAAUCGAACUGACAUAAUUAAACACAUCAUAGCAAUGAACACUACAGAAAUCUGUGGAAAAUAUAAUCUCCUGAAAAACAACUGUGAACAUCUUGCAACUUGGGUGCGUUAUGGAAAAGCAUAUGUAAAGCAGCCUGGAACCGUGGCAGGGUUUUUUCUCCAACUGAUUCCAGGAAUAAAAUUACAUGAUGCAGAUGAAGCAAUAAAAAGCAUAUCAGAUGAAGAACUCUUUAAAAUAUUGGAAGAACUUAACAAAAAUUCAGAAGUUGAGGAUCAGUGUAAUAAUGCUGUAAUGCUUAAGAGUGUUUUAAGGAAUCCCACACUUUUCACUUGUCUUGCUUUUCUGUGUUCAUUCUUUUACAUGACAUGAGGUCUUCACUGGAAAUAAAACACUGAGCAAGAUUCUGUUUUGAUUGUGUCAAAUUAAAGCUUCCAUGCAGUUCUU